AUGUUACAAUCAUCGAGCUUGUUGUGCCUCGCCAUGUUCGGGCUGCUCGGCGAAACGUUCGCCAGUCCCAUCAGCUUUUCAGACAAGGGUUCGAUUUCGAUCCCGCUGCAGCGGCGCCUGUCACCUCGAUCCGUCGGGGGAUUUUCGGACCUCGACCGCCGCAUCGCACAGCACCAAGCCCUCAAGGCGAGGUACGGUAUUCCUCGGGAGUAUGAAGAUGUCCAAGCUAGUCGACGACUCUUACGCAAGCGAGCGUCGUCCGCUUCCCUGCCCAUCGCGGGUACCGAUCAGUCAGUUCCUCGUUCUCGGUUCUCGGUCACGUGCCUCUAUCGAUCGUAGUGUCUUCGCGAGAGAAGGAUUUGCUCACUAGGUCUUGAGGGCGAUUUUUGGUGCCACAGAACAUUUUACGGGUCUCUCACCGUUGGAACCCCGGCUUUCACGUACGAAGUCGUGCUCGACACUGGGUCAUCUGUACGUACCCCGUCCGCUUCCUGGCCGUUCGUGCGGGAGCAGACUCCCGGCUCAUCCAUACCGAUCUAACCCCGACCAUUAUCUCCCUCUCUUUCUAAUAGGACUUGGUCAUGAUGGUGCCAGGAGUGGACCGGGAUGACGCUUGCGUCGGUGACUGUGUUAUCACGGGCCAGCUUUACCCUGCUCUCAACGGGUCGACGUCGGCCGUGGCUCUGAACAGGACCACGAAUCUCGUCUAUGGGGGCGGCAUCGCCGUGGGCUACCUCGUCAACGACACGGUCUCGAUGGGCGGCUUCACCUCCGUGCAAACGAUCGCAGCCUGCAACAAUGUCACGUCUCUGACCUCGUCCUCUGACGAGACGGGUCUCAUCGGCCUGGCCUUCGAGUCACUAUCCGGAACGGGCUCGCGACCGUUCAUGCAGGGCCUUUACGAGACCGGACAAUUGUCAGAGCCCCUGUUCGCGUUCGCACCCGCUCCACUUGAUCUCAAGGACGUCGGCGCAUACCAAAAUACGGUACCUGGCGGAUUCUUGGACAUUGGGGCCACAAAUUCGAGCCUCUUCACGGGCUCGAUUGGAUACACUGGCCUGACCGGUGGCAAGGGUAAGUACUGGGAGAUCCCGCUGGACUCGUUCCACGUCCAAGGCGUCGACGUCAACAUCUCGACCCCGAAUGCUGUCAUCGACUCUGGUACAAAUUCGUUGGCCAUCCCGACACUUGCUGCGGAGAAGAUCUACGCAGCCAUCGCAGAUUCAAAGCUCAUCGCCGGCACAGGCGGGCUUUACGAGUAUCCAUGCAAGACCAACGUUUCGCUCACCUUGACGUUCAACGGAGUACAAUACACUACGGCACCCAAGUUCUUCAACGGCGGCGUUUCCCCUGGUCGCAAAGAAACUCAUUGCAUCGGAGCCGUCUCUGCUCUGGGUGGUAGCUCGGAAGAAGCGUUGACAACCUAUGUCAUCGGCACGCCAUUGUGAGCGACCACGGGACUUUCUCACACGCAGUUUGGCCUCGACUCACACAUUUCCGCUGCGUCUCUUUAUUCUUUCUCCCACACAGUAUCAUGAACUUUUACAGCGUCUUCCGUUUCAACCCACCCUCCGUUGGCUUUGCACCCAUCACUAAUUCAUCGGCCUUGACUUCGGGUGGAAUCCCUCGAUCCAACGGCACGGCCUCGACGAAUGUCACGACGACUUCGUCAUCCAAUGCCGCGUCGGCCACGGCUCGAUCCUCGGCUUCACACCCACACCUGUCUGCUCGAGGCUCGGUCCUCGGUGCCUGCGUGGGACUCAUCGUGACUGCCGGCGUAUUCGUCUUUGGCGCUUGA